AUGGAUUACGGGAGUGGUGGAGGACCUGGUGGCUCUGGCGGUGGCAGCCACCAUGAUUCCUCUGAUAAGAAGAAACGUUACCACCGCCACACUGCUCUUCAGAUUCAGAUACUUGAAUCAACUUUUAAAGAAUGCCCCCAUCCAGAUGAGAAAACCAGAAUGCAGUUAAGCAGAGAGUUGGGUUUGGCUCCUCGACAAAUUAAGUUUUGGUUUCAAAAUAGACGAACCCAAAUGAAGGCACAACAUGAACGAGCAGACAACUGUGCGUUGAGAGCUGAGAACGACAAGAUACGCUACGAAAACAUAGUGAUACGAGAGGCACUGAAGAACUUGGUGUGCCCAACAUGUGGUGGUCCUCCGAUUGGAGAAGAUUGUUAUUUCGAUGAACAAAAACUUCGUUUUGAGAAUGCCCAGUUGAAAGAAGAGCUGGAUCGAGUCUCGAGCAUUGCGGCCAAGUACAUAGGGAGACCGAUGUCGCAACUCCCACCAGUACAGCCCAUUCACAUGUCUUCACUCGACUUAUCCAUGGCUACUUACGGUGGAAGUACAGCAAACCGGAUGGUGAUGAUGAACAGUGCUGGUCCGUCUUUAGAUCUCGAUCUUCUCACGGGCUCCGCCAUGGGUGCAUCCUCGAGCUCCAUUAAUCCCGACCCUCCGUUCCACAGCAGUCUGCACCUUUCCGACAUGGAUAAGUCUGUGAUAGCCGAUAUUGCUAGUAAUGCCAUGGAUGAACUGAUCAGGCUGUUGCAAACCAACGAGCCAUUGUGGACGCAAUCUCGAAAGGAUGGGACGGAUGUUCUUAAUCUUGAUAACUACAAGCGGGUUUUCCCACGGCCUAAUGAUAACUUGAAGAACCCUAAUGUUAGAAUCGAAGCAUCUAGGGUUUCCGGUGUUGUGAUGAUGAACAGUUUGCAAUUGGUGGACAUGUUUCUAGACUCGACUAAAUGGAUCGACAUUUUUCCGACAAUCGUGUCAAAAGCUCGUACGAUCGAAGUAAUUUCAUCUGGAUUGUUGAGUUCUCAAAAUGGCUCUUUGCAACUGAUGUAUGAAGAAUUACAGGUGCUUUCUCCGCUAGUCUCUACCCGACAGUUCUAUUUUCUUCGAUUUUGUCAGCAAAUCGAGCAAGGAUCGUGGGCGAUCGUUAAUGUUUCAUACAAUCUUCCUCAGUAUAAUCCAUACGCUCAAUCGCAAUUUAAAGCACACCGCCUUCCUUCGGGCUGUUUGAUUCAAGAAAUGCCCAACGGUUACUCGAAGGUUACAUGGGUCGAACAUACCGAAGUAGAAGAACUAGCCCCUAUCGAUCGGCUUUAUAGAGAUUUUAUACACAGUGGUUUGGCAUUCGGAGCCAAAAGAUGGCUAGCUUGCCUACAAAGGGCAUGCGAAAGAAGUGCAUCUUUGAUGAUGGCCAAUUCUUCUUCCCAUGAUCUUGGAGGAGUAAUUCCAUCGGCCGAAGGAAAGAGGAGCAUGAUGAAGCUAUCACAGAGGAUGGUGAACAACUUCUGUUCGAGCAUCAAUCCUUCUAAUGGUCAUCAAUGGACAUCGCUUUCAGGUUUGAAUGAGUUUGAGGUUCGAGCCUUUCUACACAAGAGCAACGAUCCAGGCCAACCCAACAGCAUGGUCCUUAGCGCAUCCACCACCAUUUGGCUUCCGGUUCCACCACAAAAUGUCUUCGAUUUCUUUCGUGAUGGAAGGACUAGACCUCAGUGGGACGUUCUAUCGAACCAAAACCCCGUACAAGAAGUCGCACAUAUCGCAAACGGGACUCAUCCGGGAAACUGUAUAUCCGUCCUCAGGGCAUACUCUCCGAGCCAAAACAGCAUGUUAAUACUACAGGAAAGCUGCACAGACGCAUCAGGUUCACUAGUCAUCUACUGCCCAGUCGACUUGCCGGCGAUCAACAUAGCCAUGAACGGUGAAGACCCAUCCUACAUUCCAUUACUACCAUCAGGUUUCAUCAUCACCACUGACGGCCACCAAGAGAUCACAUCAGCUGGUGGUGCUUCCACCAGCAACAUGACAGAUCACGGCGCUGAUCAUCGUGGCAGUACAUCAACAGGCUCGCUGAUAACCGUAGUGUUUCAAAUACAAGUAAGCAGCUUGCCGGCUGCCAAAAUGAGCCCGGAAUCAUUAACCACCAUUAACAACCUGGUCACAAACACAGUCCACCAAAUUAAAGCCUCAUUCAACUGUCCUUCUACCACAACCUGAUCAAAACCAAUCUCUCUCUCUCUUUGUUUAAUGUGCGUGGAGUUCGAUGAGAAUUAAGGGAAGUUUUUGGGGUUAGUUGGGGAAGCUCUUAAUGCAGGUUUCAUCAUCAAUGGCGGCAGAAACCGAGUUAAUAUUAUUGCUGCAUCAUCCUGCUACGGUGCUGGUGGCUAUCUGUCAUAG